AUGGCGUCUUCAAACUCGAGGCAGUCAAAAUCGGCGCCUUCGAAGCCACGGUCUUCAAACUCAAGGCGAUCAACAACGAAAUCUAGGGACAUCGAUUCUAUGCUGACGCCCCCCUCGAGAUUCGAAGAAUUGCGAGAACAGGAACUUAUACUUGCCAGAAGGCUACGAACGAACCGAGAAAUCAUCAGGCAUACCACCUGGAACAACGUCAUUCAGCAGAUUAAGAGUGACAGAGCCAUACAAGGAGAGGACGGCGAGAAAACUGACGACACCGUGACGCGACAUAAAAAACCCGUCCAGUUUUUCAACUUUCGCCCCUUCGACACGGCGAUCGCAUGUCAUAAAUUGGCGGUCGCAAAUGGUGGAACCUUCCUUCCUGUUCAUGUUGUUGACCCCAGGGGAAUUCCCUCACCAUUAGCACCAGGAAUCCAUCCGCCAUCCCUUCCCAAAAUCAAAGAGCGCUGUGACGCUUUCGGGAGAAUAUACAGAGAUGGAGCAUCCAACCCGGAGGUCUGGCUGAGCUGGAAACGCGCUUACGAUCUUUGGAACAACUACUACAUCGAGGGACGUGUGAACGCGGAGUGGUUGAAAGAACAGCUGGAGUGGGUUAAGACCCAGAGAGGGGGACCGAAAAGGAGAAGGUAUCUUGGUCCACCUCAGGCGACGAAGGACAUGAAAGUUUAUGAAGAAGGAAGAGUGUGCCUCGAGCACGAAUUGCCAAUUCCCAUGGAAGGAACAAAGUGGGUUCGCUCAGCGGAACCACCGCAAAUGAGGGAGGUGGAAUACGGGAAAGAGCAGAGGCCGACUGGAAGAAAGACGAAGAAGAAGAGACAAAAGAUUAUCAUGAACGAGCAAGCGACAAAGAUGGCUCCCUCGUUUGAUUACCCUGUUGAAAGGGUGAUUUUCGAAAGAGAACAUCCGCUCCCACGCAAAGGGGGAGUUGAGGACACUGGUGUAAGGAUAACAAAACUUAAAUAUGAAAAGACGGCGAGGCAGCCUAUCGAAAUCAAGACCCCCGAAGGAAAGUUGGUCACCAUCUUUGCGCCGUGGGUGGAAGAACAGCCGGAUCCUGAUCGUGGUCCUGAGGUGGAAUGGGAAGAGUACGAAGUUGACGAAAUGGAGGAAGUCCCGGUCAAGAGACAAGCACUUGUGCCCGUGUGGGAGUUGGUGGACGAGAUCCCAGAUGUCCCUCCAACUGUCGGGGAUGAGGAAGAAGCCGACAAAGACAUGUGGCCAACCGAAUUCCCUGACUACGAUGAGUCGGUUAACGGUGGAUUUGAAGCACUCAAGAAGUACGAUGAUGAUAGGAAACUUGAGGAACGUACAAACAACACGGUUUGGCGACCGCGAAGAAUUGGAGAAACGAAAGACGAGAUCAAUGCAAUUGACGAGCAAAGAAAUAGAGCGUCGAUGGAGGAGAAUAUAGACAACAGCUUCCGGGCGAUGACUGAAUUUGAAGUCGAUGGCGGCGUAGACUGUGCUGUAGAGCCAUUCCCUGUAAGUCGGCCUUUCUCUUUGGUAAAGAUAACACCAUACAUAUGAUCCUUCCGAUUUGUCAUUGAAAAUAUCGCUAACCUUCCAAUCAAUACGUAGGCUCUUCGGUGGGUCGACAUUUACGUCCGUCACAAAAGAGGUGUGUUUAGGAAACGCAGGAUCUGGGACCGCGUGACUGGGACAGUCUUUAACCUGCCAACCGAACCAUUAUCCAUGGAUGCCGAUGUUGACCUCGACAAACGUAAGCCUCCACCAAGAAAUCAUGCAACUGAUAUUUUCCCUCUGGAUAUCCGCCGUGUUCGUGUUCAUGACCCGAAUGCGGCUCCCGAGCCACCACUCACAAACGACGACGAAGAGGAGGUUCAGAUUGAGGGCCUGGAAGCCCUCCAAACUGUUCGUAGUAUGGAGCCAGAUGAUCCAUGGUGGGUCACUGAUGAGCAAAUGAUGUUGCGUGAUAUGCCUCCAAGACGAUGGCCGAUGGCAAAGGGUCAUGGCAGAGAUGGCGAGCUGCUACCGUGGGAUGACUGGGAUUGGCGCCAGCAUCGAGAAUAUGACGAAAAAGGAUUGUACAGAUACUUCGCUACAAACCUUCAAAGAGGGUGUCUCCGGAUCAAUGGUGUCGAGGUCAAAGAGGGACAAGUUGUGGGCCCACUGCCGGAAUUUGCGAUCAUCGAAUGCCCAGGCGGUCAAAUUGCCUUUUGGCAUGGGAGAAAGGGAAGGAUGUACGGAGAUGAAGGAGCCCUAGACCUUAAUGAGCAGCUAAAACAAUGGGAAAUCCUGAGGCAGCAGACCGUUUGGAAAUAUGCUGGAAUGAGUGCCGGUGAAGUUUGGUUAGAGAAGAUCAUUGACCGACUGAAGCGAGAAGAAGCGGGAUCAGAGGGAGAGGAUGAUGACGACUUUUGGAAUGGAAUCAAAGCAUGGGAGAAAUCCGACUCUCUUCCAGAAGAUACGCCAUUCCAAACUGUUGGUAUGUUAAUUCUCGGCCCCCGACCAUCAGAGUCUAUUGAAAGAGCAAAACUAACAGAUCUGGUGUACCAUUAGGAAAGAUUAAGCCUGGGAGAGACUAUGAUAUCACAACAGCCCUUUCCAAUCCUCGGCGCCCAGUAGACAAAGACAACCAAGAUGUGACUAAGCCAAUCGAAAUUGAUGACAACCCCCUCCCAGACAACGAGAGGCUCAGAGUACCCUAUGUCUUCCCCUCUCCAGAUGAUGAACUCAAACAUCUCGCUAUCACCAAUGUCGAGUUUGGAAAAAAGAUUCGAGAGAUUCUCAGAGAUCCCACUAGACAACCCCAAGGGGAGGCUUUUUGGCUUGGUACAGCAAUCCCUCGCAACUUCCCACGAAAGGGAACAGUCCGCAGCAAAGUCAUCGAGGAGGGAUGGAGGAAGUCUCGCGAUGAUAUUAUCCGGACGCAGAAAGAGUAUGUGCGAAUCAUGCGAAUUGAGCUUGAAUCGAAGAAACGAACGUUCUCGGAAGAUUCAAGUGCUCAGAACGAAGCGUCAAAAAGACGACGUCUUGAGGAUGGCAAAUCAGCACCUGUAUCCCGCCCUGAAUGGAUGGAUGAGCUCGUGGCGAUCUCAGAUGAGCAACGACGGCAACGAGAUAGGUUGAAAGAGGACGAUAAGGUCGAGCGCUUGAUGCAGAAGAAUCCAAAUCUUAUGAAGAACGAUCUCGUCAGACAAUUAAGGAAAGAAAAGAAAAGAGAGGCUGAUGAACUGGAGGAGCUGCGAAAGGAGGAGAACAGGAAACGAAGGAAGAGCAAACAGCCUGAGAUCGAUGCGGCAAGACCAUAUGUAGCAGCACUCCUAGAGUCAAUGCCAAAGGCGACUCCUACUCCACGUCGAUCAAGCGCCGAGAAGAUGGCUUCCAGAACACCCAAACCCGUGAAGACUCCAAUCAUUGCUGAGGUACCAGAGCUGCCGAGAACCAUCCAGCCUACCAAAACACAGUCAGCUACCAAACCAGCGGGACGAAAAGUAGUAGAUGCUAACGAUGGACAAGAAGUUAACAAAUCACCUUCGAAAAAAUCUCCCCCCAAGCAACCAGUACCAGUCCCAACGUCUCCCACGAAACAAGCAAGACCUGGCCAAAAGUCUCCUACCAAGCAACCAGCACCCACUCAAAGGUCCCCUCCAAAAAAACCAGUACCUACCCCAAAGUCUCCCACCAAGAAAAAACCAAAAAUCAACAUCACAAAACUACCACCAACAGCAAGACCCCUCAGUUCCGGCAAGAAAGUAACUACUCGAAUCAAUCGUCGGUAUCCCGCCAAUCUCCUGCCGAUAAAACUCAAGCAAUUCCAAGAGUGGGACAAAAUCUUCGAAACCGAGGGCGCCCUCGGCGAAGUGUGGCAAACGGCCCUCGCAGCGGACAGAACAUUAUCAACAUGGUACAUAGAAUACACCAAGUACCACGAGCCCGAGAAAAUGGGCUUCCCAACGGAGACGAAUUUCCGGAAUGGGUUGAGGUCCAAUUUCAACGCUCGUGCUCAGGCUGCUGGGCUCAAACCAGAUGAGUUUGCUCAAAGUGAGGGAUACAAGAGUAUCGAAGAUUGGAUCAACAAGGAGGUAGGGCAGCAAAACAACCCCGUGACUUCUGGGCUCUACCCCAAUCUGGACGGUGGAAUCUACAUGACGCCAGGAAGCAUCACUGCUCCUAGAAGGGGGUCCAAAGCGACAAAGCAGAAUACUACCACCAGAGCCAUGGCUGAUCGAGCCGUUGAAAUCGGCUUGGAAGCAGAAGCUCGCUUAGCGGGUGAGUCAGUCGAGGAAUAUCUGAACGACAUAGGCAAGACCAGGGAACAGUACUCCGCCCCGGCUCUCGGCGGGCUCGUUGACGUUCAAGACUCACAAGACAGGGAAACAAAGGACAAAACAUAUAAGGAUAAUAUUGAGUGGAUACUGGCUGCGCAAAACUUCGAGCAACAGGUUGAGUUCCUAGAAGAAAGCCCGCUGCCCGAUCCGAAAUCGGAGAAUGGGCGGAUAUAUGCAGAGAUUUGA